CGUUGGUCACGUUUUGGAUUUUCUGUGUUUUUUUUUCUGUUUUUCCAGAAAUUAAAGAAAUUAUCACUCUUAGCUUUUCUGUUUUUCUCGAAAAAAUAGUUAAUAUCCAUGUGAAUGCUAGAACUUGCGAUCGAAAUCACCGGAAUUUGAUGCCCUACCCACAGGCAUGGCGGUCAAGGUGCAAUUCGAAAUUGGCCACACGUCGAAGCUGCGCAGCAAGAAGACACCACAUCCUAGGGCCUUCACUCACGACUGGGAGAUCUACGUGCAGGGCGUGAACAAGGCGGACAUCAGUCCCUUUGUGGAGAAGGUGGUCUUUCUGCUGCACGAAUCUUUUUCUAAACCGAAGCGAGUGGUUAAAGAGCCGCCGUAUGCUGUUCAGGAAUCAGGCUACGCCGGCUUCUUGAUGCCCGUGGAGAUAUUUUUUCGCAAUCGGGACGAACCCAAGCGUAUUGUCUACCAGUACGACCUGGUGCUACAGCAAGCAGGACCUCCGGAGCACCACAUGGAAGUGAAGACCCACAUCUUCGAGGCCCCAUCGGAGGAGUUCCGAGCUAAGCUGAUGCGCGGCGGUGGUGUGCCCGUUUUUGGGGCCAAUGUCGGUGCCAGCAGCCUUACGCGAACGCUUUCGCCUAGCGUUGGCAGCGGUGCCACGCCGCCAAACAAUGAGAUGGCUCUGGUCAAGGCAAAAGGUGUUUCAGGAACUGUCUCGCUUAACGUGGAUCUGGGUGGCGGCAAGAAGCACAAAUCGCGAAACGAGGAUCCAGCCAAGAGCAACGCCUUCUCGGCCCUCUUUGGCACGCCAAUCACGAAGGGUAGCACAACGGUCAACAACAUGGCCUUGGUCCCCGUCUCCAAGCAUUCGCCAGAUGCCAAGUCCGUUGCCGUCGGCGGUAAGGGCAGUUCCCACGAAGGCAGGGAGAAGGCUAGUAAGGAUCGGGACAAACCCAGCAGUGGUGACAAGCCGCGGGAGAAGGACAAAAAGGAUCGGCAUGGCCGCGACAAGGACCGCAAAUCAAGCAAGUCCGGCGACGGCAAGCACGAACGGGAUAAGGAAAAGUCCAAAAAGGAUAAAUCCCGAGACAAGGAGCGGGAGCAAAGCUCAGGCAGCACCGCAUCCGCCGCCGCUCUUUCGGGGGCAACUUCUUCCGCUGCGGUAGCAGCUGGAGCACUGCUCAAGCACACGGCCAGCCCCAAGCCCGGAAAGCCAAAUGAGAUGGGUGCGCCCAGUCCCAAAAAGGCGUCAAAUGAUUCUACCGCGAUUACGACCGCACCUCCAUCCCGUUCUAAAGAGCGUGAUGAGCACAAGUCGAGCAAGUCCGAGUCCAAGGACAAGGAGCGGAGCUCCAGCAAGAAAUCCAAAAAGGAAAAGAAAGACAAGGACAAGGAGCGUGAUCGGGACAGGGAAAAACAACGAGAUGAGAGCAAAGACAAGAGAAUGCCCAAGGACGAGCGUGCGGGCCAAAGCGACAGCCCAGCUGCCGGAAACCCUCAACCCGCCCUUCAGCUGCAGCAAGCGCAGGGAGCCGGCACCGGAAAGGCCACACCCACAUCAGUGGGCAGUAACAGCAGCAGCAGCAUGAUGUCUAGCAGCGGCAAACAAAAAGAAGAAUCCGCGGGAAAGCACACCGACAAAGCAACAGAUGCGAAGGCUGACAAAAGCACAAGCAACGGCAGUGCGGGAGACACCAGGAAGUCCCACAAGCACAAGAAGAAGGACAAGAGUAAGGACAAGGAAAAGGAGCGUAGCGAUCGCGACAAGGAUAAAGAGCGCGACAAAGAGAAGCCGAAGGAGAGGGAGAAAGACAAGCAGCCAGCCACCACUUCAGAGAAGACAUCAGCGGCCGAGCCAUCGCCCAAAACAGAAGGAGCCAGUCCAGCCACCGAGGGAGGACCGCAGGACAAAAGCGCAGCCAGUACCAAUUCUAGCAGCAGCAAGAAGGAAAAGCACAAGAAGUCCAAGGACAAGUCCUCCGGCAAGGACGAGAAGCGACAACGAGAGACUGGCGACAAGCAAUCGGACGUCAAGAGCACAGGAAAGCAGCAGGCACACGCGCAGCCGGGUCAAAGCAAGGCGCCCAGCAAUCUGGAUCUUAGCGACGUGGACUCGGCCCAGUCAGCGCCGGAUUUGGCGGCCACCAACGCUUUGGCCGCAGCAGCAGCUGCCACACUUCAGCACUCCGAUAGCUCCAAUAGCAGUUUCCCGGAUCUGCCCGCCAGAAGCACUAGCCAGCAGAAGGCGGCGAAGGCCAGUGCUGGUUCCGGUAAGGAGGCAAAGCCUGCUGGCAAGGAACACAAGGGCAAGUCAAAGCAGAAUGACAAGAACAGCGACAAAAACAGUGACAAGACCGAAAAAGCGGACAAGACUCCGGACGCCAAACUGGAGAAGUCCGAGAAGUCGGAUAAAGAGGACAAGAAGCGCAAUCGAAGAAGCUCACAAAACAGUAACAGUGGCAGUGCUGGUGGAGCAGCUGGUGGCUUCAUUGAACCCCCAGUGAAAUCGUCGAAGAAAGAGCAAAAUAAAUCGCAGCGAGAAAAGUCGAAGUCACCCUCCCUGCGUCCACCCCGGGAUACGAACUCCACCGGAAUCCCGGCAGUGGCCCACAACGCCGUCUCUGGCUUUCUAGCGCCGCCAUCAUCUUCGCCAAGCAACAACCACACCGGAGCAGUAACGGCAGCUACCUUGAACAAUAACAAUAACAAUAUUAACAGCAAUAGCGGUCACUCGCCCGCCGAGAUAACGACGCCAGGACAGCUCCAACUGCCAACCGAGUAUUUGAGCGAGCUGCAGGAGCUGCACCACAAGAUCAUGACUCUGCAGGACAACGAGGAGUUGCAGCACGUGGUGGAGCUGAUCGCGGCUACCGGUUGCUACGAGAUCACCCACAAGACGUUCGACUUCGACCUCUGCAAGCUGGACCGCGGCACCGUGCAGCGGCUGCAGGAGUUCCUGGCCACCUCGGUGUCGUGACACUCCCUGACCUCCGCAACCGCCCCGGCUCUCUACAGCUAGACGAUGCACAAAACCCUCAUGCACAUAACCAAAUCAUUAAGUUUAGUGUUAACGUUGUAAGCCAGACGUGAAAUAACUUGGCUCGCAUACAGCCUCAAUUCCCCUGUCUAGGUUUUAAGUUGUUGGCCCGAAGGGCGCAGACAAAAUACGAGAGAUUUCCUUUAUGAAAAUAUAGAAAUCGUCCUUCAGUUUUUGAGACUCAUUUGUUUUAAGCCCUACCUUACGUUUUUGGAAUCCUUUUCGACUGUUACCUUCUUCUUUUCACAUUGUACGCAAUCUUUUUACUGAUUGGGUUAACAAGAACAGUACCAAUUUCAAACAACAGUUUAAGAUCGCAAAUUUUAAAUCAAAGCGAUUCUAAAAUAUUUUUAAAUUAACAUCUUAAGAACGGUUAUUUGAAAACGACAGUUUGUAGUCAGCACCCCUAAUUAAUUAUAGGGUAAAGUACUCGCAAAAAGGAAACAUUUGUACUCUAGUGCUAAAUACUUGCGAAUAAAUUACUACUUUUUUACGAAA